AUGACGUGCUACCAGCCCGUAUUUCUCGACAAUAGAGAAAAAUGCUUUUCGCUUGAUUUAAUACUGGGGAUUAGCAUAGCACAUUUCCAUUCUUCGCUUAUAUAUAUUAGCCAUCGUACAAAAUGCCAUUUUCAAACUAUUCCAGCGAGAAAAACAGAUCUCGAACUUCAUAUCAUGGCCAAGUCGAAUGUGAUGGAAAAUAUUGUACCGGACCACAUUCAGUUGUCAAAAACUAUCUGUCAAGAGCUCACUGACAUGGCAGACGAGAUCAUUGCCGAAACUCUCCAUACGUACGAAGCCUUUGUCGCUAAUGGACGCCAAUUACCGAGUGAUCAGUGGAAACACGCGAAAAGCAAAGAGAAGGUCCGUGUCUUCCGCUCGCGCCGUGGAAAAUCACAAAAAAUUGUUCACGAGACGAAAUUGAGUCGUCCACGACUCUUGUCAGCAGAAGAAUUGGAAGAAAACCAACAAAAAGCAGCAGCAUGUGGACGAUUGUACGCAUAUGACAAUCCAAUUUUAGGGAAUAACUGUAGUGUCGCGAGUCAUACGGCUAGUGUCGGAUCUUUUACGCUUUUUGAAGACAGUGUGCUGGCUAAAGUCAAGCCUCUUCAUAUACCCCUCAUCAUUGCAACGGGUGAAAUUGUUGGCAGUUUGGAAGAUGUGGCAUAUGGUGGUUUAGCAAACACAGAACACGCAUGGAUCGUGCGCAAUUCAUAUUGUCACAACGACUUUUUCGACGAUCGAAAAGUUCUAGCAGUCCUCCAAUCACCUAGUAAAGAGGAUCCUUUCCGCUCCGUGACAAUUAAAUGGGGAACUGCCGACUUCAAUGCACUUACAACCCGUCGAGAUGUUGUAUAUAUCGAGUCACAAGGAAUGGCUUUUGACUCUGAUGGUGAACGAAUCUUUUACUACGUAAUUCAUUCGAUUGAGCUGGACGAUUGCCCACCACUUGACUUGAGUCACAAUAUCAUCCGAAUUCAACUAUCCAUUGCGUAUGUCGCGCGUAAAUUUAAUGAUUCGACCGUUGAAAUGUUUGGUCGAGGCUUUGUCGAUCCACGUGGUGACAUGGUUGAGAGUUAUGGCAUCAUGCUGCUCGCCAAUAACAUUUCUGCAUCUGCUAGUGUUGUCGAGUGCGCUACUAUGAAAAAACUAAGCUAUCUCAUGAUGCAACGUCGUCGCAGUGAUGCAUCUGGAAUCAACGACACUAGAGAUUGUGAUGUGUGUCAUAAGUCUUUAAGCAAGCUGGGGAGUCUACUCAAGUCUCCUAACGGAUGUCCGGUUUGCCGUCGGGUGACGUGUAACAAGUGUAGCGUACAGAAGAAGCUUACAAUUGAGGUGACGACAGAAGUUACACAAAAGAGUUUUACGUUCUGUCUACCAUGUGUUCUAGAGGCUAAGGAGAUGUCGGCCUGGAAGGUCGCAAUUGAUGACCUUAGGACUUGA